CUCUCUCUCUCUCUCUCUCUCUCCAGUAACCGACUCUCUUCCAGAUCCACAUAGCUCUGUUUAAACUUCACCAACUUCGUCAUUCUUCAUUUUGGAGACUAACCAAUCGAAGUUGAAUAGAUAGCCACAGAAAAGAAGUUGUUCCGUCUCUUCAGAGUUGCUCAGGAUGGCUGCUUCAGCUCUUUUUUUUAUGAUGACCAUGUUCGUCUUUUGUGCUCUUCAGUGUUCCACGGUAACGGGGUUCGACUACCAAGUUGGAGGGGCCGAGGGCUGGGUCGUCCCUCCCGCGAAUGAUAGCAAGGUCUACAAUGACUGGGCUUCCGAGAACCGGUUCCGACCGGGCGACACACUCCGCUUUAAGUAUAAGAAGGAUUCGGUGAUGGAAGUGACCGAAGCCGAGUACAAGAACUGCAACUCCACCCGUCCAAGCUUCUUCUCCAACACCGGCAACACGGUCUAUGCUCUUGACCACUCGGGGCCUUUCUACUUCAUCAGUGGAGUCUCCGGCCAUUGCCAGAAGGGACAGCGAAUGAUCGUGAAGGUGUUGUCUUCCGAGGAGUCCGAGGCAAGCGGCGGAAGUAGAGGUUCAUCAUCCUCCGCUUCUUCUGCUUCCUAUGCUGCUGGUUUCUCUAAGAUCGGGUUCCUUCUGUAUCUUCUGUCCUACAUCACUUCCAGUCUGUUCUAGUUUCCUUUGUAAAUGUCGCUUGCCGAGGUUAGGUGCUACUUCAGGUGUUCCGUGUCUUUCUAGUCUUCAGUUUGUCCAUUUUGUUUAUUCGUAGGUCUGUUUCAGCUGCUACAGUUACUUUGUUUCAGAU